AUCUCAACCAGUGAGCAUUCAAUGGUCAAAUUGCUGCGUGUGUUAUAUGUUAUAUGUGCCCAUCUACAGUUAUGUGCAGUACCAUACGGGCCGUACAUGGAGGCCAUACAUUUUGGCCAGAUACGUACAGUAUCGAGUAUAGCUGGCCGUCAGCAGAAAAACAACACUACGUCUCCAGAAAAUUUUCGGUUCUGAAAAAUAUGCAGAGACAUUUGCUCGCGUCUGGGUCACUUUUGGAGCCGUCUAGAACCACAACGGGAAUACACGAUGUAUCGACAUACGAUUCUGCAUGAAUCUAUCGCGCGAACUACGGGGUCUUUCGGGCCAAGUGCAGGUGAUCCGAACCGUACCCCACGCCAUUUCCCGACAUCUUCUACAGGGUAGCUGGUUGAGAAUUCUUGAUACGAGUCAGGUUGGCACACACCUUCGUCACGUUAAACCGGCCGAUAAAAAUCCCUAGCUGGGUAUCCCCAUCAAAUUAGUUAUCGGAAUGUGUCAUGUCUGGCAUUCCGGGUCAAAUUCGAUACGAACAUCAAAUGUCUUGUGCUAUUCGAGAGUUGACAAAGCCCUCGGCUACUUUGGCUUAAUUUGACUGUGACAGGCUAUGCUAGAAUAUGAAAGCACCGGCCAGCCAUCCUUCAACCUCACAAUUCCGACCAGGGAUCCAGAUUCGGGCGCGGGCUGCAGGAAGCCGAUCGAAAUUUUAUCUUCUCAGUGGUGUCAGGACAGGGAUGUUCAAACAAACAGGCCUGGACCUUGCUUUAUGAUUCCCAAAGAUCGGGAGAAAUUAGGAUGCCGCUUAGCGCGCGAAGCCGCCGGCAGAUCGCCCGAGCAGAGUCUAGACCUCCGUGGAAUCGUGACUGGCUUUUGCAAUGAAAACGACGCCUUUUUUAAAGACUGAGCCUGCGUUCGGAACUUGCGGGGCAUGCUCUUAAUCGUUUCCCGCCUUGAAAAGGAUUCAAAAAAGCCACCGUGUCGAUGAAGGUCUGGAACUCUCGGCUGAAAGAAGCAUACGGGACCCCAUUCUACAGGGGAUGCAAACAACUCCCAUGCCUUUCGCAUCGCUUCGCCCCAAACGCUCUAGUCGAGGUCCGAGCUUUUGAAAAAGCUGACGUUGCAAUGCAGUAGAGGAACAAUCCCACUUCUAGCGGUGUGUCCGUUUAUUUCAAGGAUAGAACCGGUGCAUUUAAUCGCAGUUCACAAAUAACCACGACCCACGUGCCCGUCACUGUUCAUGUCAAUGAGCAACUACACCAUAUGCUAUGAGCUUAACAGUGGUUGCUUCACCUCAGGAAGAACUUGUGUGCAUUUCGCCCAAGCACUCCUAGCGCAUCAAUACGCUGUGCCCGCUCGUCAUCACUUUUUCAGACUGACAAGUACAGAUCUGCACAUUUUUACAUACACAUUACGGAGAAUAUACUUGUGCACAAUAUAUGCAUGUACUGUACACACAAUGCUGAUGGCUACUGUGGCCUGAUGUUUAGAAAUCCACCAUCUUGGGCUAUCCUGGGGAAGCUUCUAGUAGUGGGAAUGCUCCACCGUCAGCUCCUGCAUGCAAUCGAUAGCUUGUCAAUUGGACUGCAAGGCGUUGAAAUUUUAGGCUUCCACUCCAUGCCGUUUAUAUUUCAAACACCAUGAAAAAUCCACAGAUCACAGGGAUACACAUGACCGCACAUGACAGUGAUUCUCGCUGAUGGACAGCUUUCCGACAGGACCCUUGUGAAGCUGUGCAGCUAUGUGCUUAGCUUGAUGAAGCGAUGAAUUUUUUUUUUUCCUAAGACCGGAAGGGCCGUCUCGCACAGCCUCUGUGGAAAACAGCAGAUCUGUGUGACAUUCUC